UUUCUUUUAUUGCCAGAUAUCGAUGAAUGUAUCAGUGGCAAUUAUGACUGUCACGUAAAUGCCACAUGUAUCAACACCAUUGGCUCACAUAAUUGUACAUGCAACGAAGGAUUUACUGGAGACGGACCCAUGUGUUCAGCUUUCCAGAAAAACUGUGCUGAAAUCUACAAAUCCGGUAACACAACUGACGGUGUCUACACCAUUAAACCUGAUAACGUGUCUACAUUUGAUGUAUUCUGUGACCAAACAACAGCUGGUGGAGGGUGGACUGUGUUCCAGAAGAGACUGAACGGCUCGGUUGAUUUCUAUCGUAACCGGGCCGACUAUAAACACAGUUUUGGAGACUUAGAUGGUGAAUUUUGGCUUGGGCUGGACAAUAUUCACCGCCUGACCUCAAAUAAUAACAACCUACUGCGUGCGGAUUUGGAAGACUUUGACGGGCAUACUCGUUAUGCCGAGUGUAACAUGUUUGGUGUUAUGAAUGAAAAAAACAAGUACAAGCUGAUCCUUGGUAAUUAUUCAGGGACUGCUCUUGAUUCUCUUUCUUAUCAUCGUGAUCGACCAUGGAGCACUCGAGAUCAAGAUAAUGAUGAGCGUGGAAAUGGUAACUGUGCCAUUUUGCACAAAGGAGCCUGGUGGUAUGGCGGGUGUCACCAAUCCAAUCUGAAUGGUUUGUAUCAUGAUCGACCUCACUCCUCCUCCCAAGGCGCUGGAGUACAGUGGACUAUCUGGAAGGGAUAUCACUACUCCCUUAAGAGAGCCGAGAUGAAAAUAAGACCAGUAGAUUUCUCACCUCAAUGAUUCUAACUAUUCCGAAAGCCUUUGGCCAACAG